UCGGGGUCCGAGCGCCUCGACUCGUUUGUCAGCCGGACGAGAUGGAGAUGGAGAUGAAGAUGAGGAGGAAGAUAACCUUUGUGCUGUCGACCAUUUUGCUUUGCGCGGCGGCGUCGGCGCAACUUCCAGAGCAGCAAGCGAUGGACCUCUUGAGCGCUCAGGACUUGGAGCUCGCGGACGCGUUUUGGAGCGGCGCCGGCGCAUCGGGUGACGUCUUUGUGGCGGCGAUUAUCCGCCUGCCGCCCAAGGCGGGCGGGGUCCUUCUAGGCGUGUACAGGAAGAACGACAACAGGAAGUACCUGGAAGUCGCCGUCACAGCCAAGAUCAACAAAGUGUCGCUUCGCUUUUGGCGUCGGUCGGACGGGAAGGUUCACACCGUCAACCUGGCGAACGCCAACGUGUCGGACGGGCGACGCCAUUCGCUGGUCAUCCGUCUGGGCGACCUUCAGCGUGACAGCGCGAGGGCGGAACUCUACGCGGACUGCCGAUUGGCCGACGCGGCGGAGGGCGUGCCCCGCCCCCGCCCCCUCCCCCUGGAAGCGGACGCGGUGGAGAUCCGGCACGGCCAGAAGGCCUACGCUCGUGCGCAGGGUGCCGUGGAGUCCCUUUGGUUGGCGCUAGGGGGCGGCGUGGCUCAAGCCGGCGCCCUGGUCGACUGUCCCUUUCAAGGUGACUCCGCCCACAACUUAGCGAGCGGCGACCUGCAGGCCAUCCUGGCUGACCACGCCAAAGCUCUGAUUGGACAGAUGCUCCUCUUCAACCAGAUGCUGGGGGAACUAAGACAGGACGUCAAGGAGCAGGUGAAGGAGAUGUCCCUGCUGAGGAACACCAUCUUGGAGUGUCAAGUCUGCGGUUUCCACCAGCCGCGCUCGCGCUGCUCGCCCAACCCGUGCCACCCGGGCGUCGCCUGCGCAGAGAGCCCGCACUUCCCGGGCUUCGUCUGCGGCCCGUGCCCCCCCGGCACCGUCGGGAACGGGACCCGCUGUCGCGACGUGGACGAGUGCGAAGCACGGCCGUGCUUCAGCCCGUCGGCCUGCGUCAACACGGACGGCGGCUUCCGAUGCGGCCCGUGUCCUCCCGGCCUGCGGGGGGCGCCGCUCGCCGGGACCGGACUGCGCUACGCCAAGACGCACAAGCAGGAGUGCGCGGACGUCGACGAGUGCGUCGAGCUCGCCGACGCGUGCGUCCAGAACUCGGUGUGCACCAACACGGAGGGUUCGUUCCAGUGCGGCGCCUGUAAAGCCGGUUACCUCGGCAACCAGACAGUCGGCUGCUUCCCCCGCAGUUCCUGCGCCGCCUUGACCUUCAACCCCUGCGACGCCCACGCUGACUGCGAGAUGGGAAGGAACGGCGUGCCGUCCUGCACGUGCAAGGUGGGCUGGGCCGGCAACGGCAACACGUGCAGCGUGGACACGGACCUGGACGGCUACCCCGACCGCUCGCUGCCCUGCCUGGACAACAACAAACACUGCAGACAGGACAAUUGCGUGUCGACUCCAAAUUCAGGUCAGGAGGACGCCGACAACGACGGCAUCGGGGAUCAGUGCGACGACGACGCGGACGGAGACGGCAUCAAAAAUGUGGAGGACAACUGCCGUCUGGUUUCCAACAAGGACCAGCAGAAUUCCGACAGCGACUCGUUCGGCGACGCGUGCGACAACUGCCCCAACGUGUCCAACAGCGAGCAGACCGACACGGACGGAAACACCAGAGGAGACGCCUGCGACCUGGACAUCGACGGAGACGGCAUUCCAAACGUGCUGGACAACUGUCCAAAGGUUCCCAAUCCCAUGCAGACGGACCGAGAUCGCGACGGCGUCGGGGACGCCUGUGACAGUUGCCCCGAACUCAGCAACCCCACACAAACUGAUGUAGACGACGACUUAGUGGGAGACAUUUGUGACACCAACCACGACACGGACGGCGACGGCCACCAGGACGACCGCGACAACUGUCCCGACAUUCCCAACAGUUCUCAGUUAGACUCGGACAACGACGGGCGAGGAGACGACUGCGACCCGGACGACGACGGCGACGGCGUCCCGGACCUCAGGGACAACUGCAGACUCAUCGCGAACCCUCACCAGCAAGACUCGGACUUGAACGGCGUCGGCGACGUGUGCGAGUUGGACUUUGACAACGACGCGCUUUGGGACACGCUGGACGCGUGUCCCGAGAGCGCCGAGGUGACGCUGACCGACUUCCGAGCUUACCAGACGGUCGUUUUGGACCCCGAGGGCGACGCCCAGAUCGACCCCAACUGGGUGGUCCUCAAUCAGGGGAUGGAGAUCGUCCAGACGAUGAACAGCGACCCGGGCCUGGCCGUUGGCUACACGUCCUUCAACGGCGUCGACUUCGAAGGAACUUUCCACGUGAACACGGUGACGGACGACGACUACGCCGGCUUCGUCUUCUCCUACCAGGACUCGUCGAGUUUCUACGCUGUCAUGUGGAAACAAACGCAGCAGGUCUAUUGGCAGACGCGACCGUUUAGCGCCGUCGCAAGUCCCGCCCUCCAUCUCAAGGCGGUGAAGUCGAGCACGGGUCCGGGCGAGUAUUUGAGGAACGCUCUGUGGCACACGGGCGACACGACGGGCGAAGCGACGCUUCUGUGGAAAGAUCCCAGGAACGUCGGCUGGAAGGACAAAACGUCGUAUCGCUGGCAGCUCAGCCACCGCCCGCAAGCCGGGUACAUCAGGGUCCGUCUGUUCGAGGGCUCCGACGCGGUGGCCGACUCCGGCGUGGUGAUUGACACCACCUUGAGGGGGGGCAGACUGGGGGUCAUCUGCUUCUCCCAGGAGAACGUCAUCUGGUCCAACCUGCGCUACCGCUGCAACGAUACGCUUCCCGAAGACUUCCACUCGCACGGCCGGCAGGUAGUGAUGCACGUCCGAGUGUGAAGGCGGGCAGAGGGCGGAUCCCGCGGCGGGCGUCGCCGGAGUCGAUCCGAGGACAGACUCCAACGGAUGGCGUCGAUCCGUUUGGGCCGGCCGUCGCCUUGUCGUCCUAUAAAUCAAUAAAGUCGCUGGUGGAGA